AACGUAAGACCCAAAACGUUUGAAAAAUCAGAUAGGGGCUGAAACACCAGAUUAUCUAAGCAGAAAACGAAAAGCAGCAACACAAAGAAGACAAAAAAUUACGAGAGGAUCAAGCAGGGCACACACAACCCUCAAGAUGGGAGACGCAGUGCAGUUAAAAGAUGAAGGUAACAAAUACUUCCAGGCAGGAGAUAUUGAUAAAGCCAUCGACUGCUACACGAGAGCAAUCAAGGUGUCGAAGGACACAAAGGUGCUGGCUGUCAUUCACAGGAACAGAGCUGCAUGCUACCUGAAGAAGGAAAAUUAUGCCAGUGCAGCUUCAGAUGCAACUAAAGCAAUUGAUGUUGAUGCAGCAGAUAUUAAAGCUUUAUACAGGCGUUGCCAAGCUCUGGAGAAGUUAGGAAAACUGGACAUGGCUUUUAAAGAUGUGCAGAGAUGUGCCACCAUUGAACCAAAGAACAGGAUGUUUCUGGAGACUCUGCGCAGACUGGGAGCAGAAAUCCAGGCCAAGCUCAAAACAACAUUCUCCACAGAUUCCAGGGUGCAGAACAUGUUUGAUAUUCUGCUGGAUGAAGAAAUGGAUAAGGACAAGAAGGAAAAAGCUGCCAACAACCUGAUUGUCUUGUCCAGAGAGGAUGCUGGAGCAGAGAGAAUCUUUCAAAAUAAUGGAGUGCCACUGCUGCUUAACAUGAUAGAAACAGGAAAGUCAGAAAUGAUCCUUGCUGCAAUCCGUACCCUGUCGGGGAUGUGCACAGGUCACAAAGCUCGGGCAAUGGCAAUCAUUCACCUGGUGGGCAUCGACAAGAUGUGUAGCAUCAUGGCUGUUGACAAUGAGGAGAUUGCACUGGCAGUAUGCAACCUUUUCCAGUGCAUCAAUGACUCUCUCACUGGUGGAGAUAAAAGAGAAUAUGGGAAAGAAGAGGCCUUGGUUAUGGAUGCAGCCAAAGACCUGAAGACAAUUCUGCUGUCUCUGUUGGAGAUGGUUGGGAGUAAAAAGGUGUCUGGCCAUGGCAGAGACCAAGCCCUGAACCUUCUGUGCAAGAAUGUACCUCGCAAAGACAAGAAAGAACAUAACAGCAGGACCCUUUUUACGAUUGACCACGGCCUGAAGAAGAUCCUCAAGGUGUGUGGUCAAGUUCCCGAAUUGCCAGAUCAGCUUCCCAUGACCGAAAACACACAGCUGAUUGCCAGCGUGCUCCUUAACAAGCUUUAUGAAGACCUUACAUGUGACCCAGAGAGAAACAACUUCAGGGACGUUUGUGGUGACUACAUCACAUCCAAGGUUGACCCCAACAACAUGGACAAGACCAUUCAUGCGGUCAACACUGUGUCAGGUCUCCUGCAGGGCCCGUUUGAUGUUGGUAACGCCCUCGUUGGACGUCAAGGCAUCAUGGAGAUGAUGGUGGCCCUGUGUGCCUCUGAGCGCGAGGUGGACCAGAUGGUUGCUGUGGAAGCACUGAUCCAUUCCUCUUCAAAAAUGAGCCGUGCCUCCUUCAUCAUUACGAAUGGUGUUUCACUGCUCAAGGACAUCUACAAAAAAACCAAGAAUGAGAAGAUUAAAAUACGGGCAUUGGUGGGACUCUGCAAACUGGGUUCAGCCGGAGGUGAUGACUACAGUUUGAGGCAGUUUGCAGAGGGAUCCACGGAGAAGCUGGCCAAGCAGUGCCGGAAAUGGCUCUGCAAUCCUCAGAUUGAUACCAGGACAAGGAAGUGGGCCAUCGAGGGCCUUGCUUAUCUGACGAAUGAUGCCGAUGUGAAAGAUGACUUUGUGGAGGAUGAGCUUGCCAUGAAAGCCAUGUUUGAACUUGCCAAGUCUAAGGAUAAGACCAUCUUGUAUGCAGUGGCUUGCACCCUGGUUAACUGCACAAACUGCUAUGACAAGAAGGAAAUCAUCCCUGAGCUGGUUGAGCUUGCCAAGUUUUCCAAGCAACAUGUUCCAGAACAACACCCAAAGGACAAGAAGGAUUUCAUUGAGAAGAGAGUGAAAAGGAUGCUGAAAGCUGGUGUCACUUCAGCUCUGGCUGUUAUGGUCAAAGCUGAUAAUGCCAUCCUGACCGACCAGACCAAGGAGCUGUUGGCAAGGGUGUUCUUGGCAUUGUCAGCAGAUCCCAAAGAUCGUGGCACUAUAGUCGCCCAAGGUGGGGGAAAGGCUCUGAUACCGCUGGCUCUGGAAGGAACAGAAGCCGGGAAGGUGAAGGCUGGCCAUGCCCUGGCUAAAAUUGCAGAAAUCUCAAACCCAGAGAUUGCCUUCCCUGGUGAGAGGGUUUAUGAAGUGGUGAGACCUUUAGUCAACCUUCUGCACACCGAUAGAGACGGACUACAGAACUUUGAAGCUCUGAAAGGCCUCACCAACCUGGCUGGCUUCAGUGAAAAACUGAGAGUAAAGAUUGUGAAAGAAAAAGCUCUGCCUGAAAUUGAGAACUACAUGUUUGAAGAGCAUGACCAGAUCAGACAGGCUGCCACCGAAUGCAUGUGCAACCUCGUGACAUGUAAAGAGGUCCAGGAGCGUUACAUGGAGGACGGCAAUGACAAACUGAAGCUGUUGGUGCUGCUCUGUGGUGAGGAUGAUGACGAUCUUCAGAUAGCUGCAGCUGGUGCCCUGGCCAUGCUCACUGCAGCUCAGAAGAAACUCUGCAGAAAAAUGACCCUAGUGACAACCCAGUGGCUUGAGAUCCUGCAAAGGUUGUGUCUCCAUGACAACACCAAGAUCCAGCACCGUGGCCUUGUGAUUGUCUACAACAUGCUAAACUCGGAUGACAGUGAACUGGCCAAGAAACUGAUUGAGAGCGAGAUGCUAGAAAUUCUCACAGUGAUUGGCAAGGUGGAGGACAAUCCUAAGAGACAGGAGGUCAUCGAUGUGGCACGCACAUGCCUGGUCAAGGCCAUGGAUCUCGGUCUCGUCAAACCCUUUACCAGCCCUGCCUAAAACAGAAGCAGAAAGCCCAAAAAAUCCAAAUGGACUAUCUUCCCCACUGGUUAAUUUUGUUGAAAA